AUGCCCAGGAGCUUAACUGAGGUGGAAGAUGCGGCUGCUGAUGUUACACGCCAAGCAGAAUUGGUUGUGUUGGAUUGUCUGAAGACCUGGAACUGUCCACAAGCAUUAAAUGCCUUAAUGGAGAAAUCUUCUGCUUCUCAAGCGUCAGCAAUUGCAAGCGAGCGGUUCUCGAGCGACAUGAGAACCAAAAAGAAGGCUGGUGAGGACCGUAUGAGUCUAUUGGAAUACUUAGUCAGCAACAUUGGAGAUAAGGGCACAACAUCCUUCAGCGGUCGACAACGGUCUGGUUCAGAAAGUAAGGACGGCGAAGCUGAAUCUGGUAUUGAGUGGACAAAGGAAGAGAUCAGUGCAUUGAAGAAGGCCAUUAAGAAAACUAGCUCUGUGGAGGACAAGAAUGUCCGAUGGAAGGAGAUUGCAGUGCUUGUAGGGAACGGAAAGACGAAGAAGCAUUGCUAUCUCAAGUACAAAACGCUCAAGGAGGAACAAACUAGUGCUGCAAAGAAGAAGGCAUCGCCUCGUCGUAAACGUGCUAGUAGCAAGAGUGAUCCCGAUGAGAAGAUAAUAAGUGACCCUAUUGAUGCAAAGGAUAACGAGAAUGACGCACCAAAGAAUGGUAAGCUACAGGAAAACGGUUUGUCUCCCAAAGCAGAAUCAAUGGCGUCGAAACCUUCUAAAGAAUCAUCAACAGCGUUUGCUGUAUCUCGCCGAACUGAGGGCCAAGUCUCACAAAAUUCAUUGGAGACUUUAGAGAUGGAAGACUGCGAGGACAUUGGAAUGCUUCUUGGUCAACCAACAAAAGGUAGAGCUCAACCAAGUCGGAUAAGCAGCAGCAUUACGUCUCCAUUUUCUAGCGGUACGACGCGAACUCUGACCGCUUCAGACAUCGCAGCAGUGCAGCAGCUACUCUUUGGUGCUAGCAAAAAGACUUUCAGUAGUCACUGGGAAGAACAGGGCUUUGUGUUCACGACAGCGCGAGAUCUCCAGUAUGGCUUGGUUCAGCAUGAAGGCGGUCCAUGUGGUAUCUUGGCAGUAGUCCAAGGAUAUGUGCUACGUUUCCUGCUGCAAUACGCUCUUGUCGACUGGAAGCAUCCAGGAGACCCACACCAAGAACGUGCGUUAGUUCAAGCCUUAGCCCACAUUCUCUGGCAAGCAGCCCAGGCUUCUCAAGUUUCCGAGUGCGUCGUCGCCGUGAAAGACAGUGGCAAAGCUGGACAACGCAGAUUUAUGGCUGGCUUGAAGCUGCAUGUUGCCACCUCUGAAGAACAAACCCGGCAGAUCAUCACUGCGCACUUGCCGCAGUUCAUGGAAUCCAGAGGAUCUGGUCUCGUACAGUUCGUCUUCUCUGUCCUACUUACCAAGGGCGUUGACACAAUUAAGAGCGAAAUGGAUCAGCUCGCUGGGGAUUCCGGCGGCCAAUUGAUCGGUGCUCAUGACUACUGCACACAAGAGAUCGUGAACCUCUUGCUUUGCGGCUAUGCGCGCAGCAAUGUAUUCGAUGGAGAGCAAGUUCUCGAAGGCACGAGUGCAUCAGACGAAGACGCACUGGUGCUUCGUGGCAUCUCUUCUCAAUGCGCAAUUGGCUUCCUUUCCCUGUUCGAGGCCUACCAGAACCUUAUAGUGGGGUCUUACCUCAAGCAGCCUCGUGUGAAUAUCUGGGUCGUCUGCAGCGAGUCGCACUACUCGGUUCUAUUCGCAGCCGAUCCGCGCGCAUUGGAAGAUCGCGCAUUCCACACCCGAUCAACCGUCGACUUGCUAUAUUACGACGGUCUUGCUAACCAGGACGAGGAAAUCCGUCUAACUGUUGACACGCUGGCGCUGGCUGAACAAAGUGCAACAGCGAGCCACGACGACCUCAUUCCGCCGCUUAAUCUGGUGAUCCGUACCAAGUGGCCUCGUGCGACGGUGGACUGGAACGGGGUCGAGCCUUUACUGUGAGAAACCGCACCCAAGUCGAUGAGUUCAGCCCCUUGAAGACAAAGUAAACUCAAUUCGACUUUCCGGCCACUGAAAAUUCGAACGCAACUUCGACUUGUCUACCAAUCAAUUGUUUUUAUUUAUCUUUAAACCAAUCAGAACGCU